AGGCCUCCUUUUCUUGUUUUUUCGCUCGUUAAUCGUUAAUGCUUUGGCUGAUUGUACGACGAUGCUCGAAUUUCUUCUCUUCUUCGUGUCGCUGCGGUCCGCUCGCUUCAAUCUCUCUCCCACCUGCCGAAUUUAGCGGAUUGUGUGAUGAUGAUGAUGGUCCCUUGAACCCAAAGCCCCCCCCGCCCCCCAACUUCUCUCUCGUUUCCUCUGCCCCCACCUCCCCUCCCCUGCCCUGUCUCUCUGGGCGUGCGGCGGUCAAACAAUAUAAAACACAUUUGCAGUGCCCACCGUUGUUGUCUGUGUGCUGCUCUGGGGUGGCGUCAAAAUGCCUCCUUUUCCCUUCUAGUUCUUUGGUGCCGGUGAGACCCUUUUCUCUCCCUUGCCCGUCUCGUUCUUCUCUGGACGACCCUUUUCCCCCCUCUUCGAUCACUCUCGUUAUCUCUCGUGUCUGGAGCUGUCCGGGAGGUGUGUGAUUUGGGCAGGCUUUGUUUUUGCUCGGCCUUUAUGUCUCUGGAAAGUCCCGUGCCUUCCGUUCCUUGCUCGUUCUGUUUCUCAGCCUCGUGAUUUUCUCUCUCACCCAUGAUUGUUUUUCGGCUGCUUUGUCUGGGUUGACGCCAGAGCGAGCUUUUGCUAUCAGGGGCUUGAGCCGGGCUUCGUUUUUUUUUUUUUUCGCUUGGUUUUUACAUGGGUUUAAGGUUUUAGGAGGGUUGAAAUGAUGUUAGGGUUUUGUGGUUGUCCGUCCCAAGCGUGUCUCAGCGGUCCAACUGAAGGGGUUUGAUUAUGUAGACUUGAAUUGAGGGAUUCUUUUUUUUUUGUUUUUUUUGUUCUUGAGGUUGUAGUGGAACCCUUGUGAAUGGUCUAGAGGUUCAGAAUGUCUGAUGAUAAGGACGGUUUCGUGGGGUGGGAGGAGCAGAUCGUAUGUGCCGAGCGAGGAAACAGGGUGGCGCAUUAUUACUUGAAGGAUGCGUCGGGGAAUUCAGUGCUGGCAGUUGUUGGGACUGAGAGGAGCAUUAGGCACAUGAUGUAUAUCGCGACGGAUGAUUUUGUGCAGUUAUACGGGUCCAAUGGGUUGAUUAAAGGGUACAAAAAGUGGCGAGCUAGAAGAGAAGUCGUGGAAUUGCUCGCCUCAUUGGUUCAAAAUUCAGAGACUGAUGACACAGUUGAAGCUCCGGUUUCCUAUGAAGCUGUGCCUCCGAGGAAAUUGAAAGCUAUAGACCAAGAGAUUGAGUGGGCCGGUGUUGCUUGGGUUUGUGCUAAACAGCUCACACAUUAUCCAGCUUUUCACAGAAAAGAAAUCACCAUUGCUAUCCAUUCUUUUGCACUGAUCAUGGCCGAAGAAGGUUGUUUAUACCUUGGUUAUGUGGAAGAUAUGUACGAGGAUAAGAAAGGACUGAAAAAGGUGAAAGUGCGCUGGUUUUACCAGAAUGAGGAAGUCCAGCAUGUAAUUCCUCAGUUGAAUUUGCAUCCAAGGGAAGUUCUUAUCACACCUUAUGUUCAGACGAUCAGUGCUGAAUGUGUUGAGGGUCCAGCAACAGUUUUGACUGCCCAGCAUUAUGAAAGAUGCACGGCUUCUGUUUCACCGGGCUCAGCAGCUGGAAUAUACAUGUGCUCGAGACAGUUUAAGAACAAUAAGGUCAAGCCCUUUUCACUUGCCAAAUUACGUGGCUACCCGAGUCAAGCAAUUUUGUCUUGUCUUGAUAGUUCUUUUGUCGGUAAGACCAAAAAUAUGUUCCCCAAUAAGAAUAGGGAGGAUGAGGAAGAGUGCAAGGGCAAUGAUGGAAGUGGUGGUUCAGGCAUUAAAAUUUCAGACCCCCAGAGCCAGACUCCAUCGGCAUACCCUAAGCUGAAAUUGAAGUUGCCGAGGAAAAACACAGGCAUCAAACUUACAACCAUGGAACCCCAAGUUCCCUUUUCGUUUAAAGUUAACGAGAAGAUAGAGCUGCUUUGCCAAGAUAGUGGCAUUCGAGGCUGCUGGUUUAGAUGCCAAAUAAUUCAAAGGUCAGAGAAGCGUCUGAAAGUGAAGUACGAUGAUCUACUGGAUGCAGAUGAUAUUGCUAAACUCGUGGAAUGGGUUCCCGCAGUCAAGGUGGCUUCUCCUGAUAAAUUGGGCAUGCGGUGCCCAGGCCGACUAACAAUUCGGCCACGCCCUCCCAAGAAUUCUGGUGGCUGUAAUUUCGAGGUUGGAAUGGCAGUAGAUGCAUGGUGGCACGAUGGUUGGUGGGAAGGUGUUGUGACUCAACUUAUGGUCUCCGGAAAGAAUACUCUGGAGGUUUAUUUCCCAGGUGAAGGCAGGGUAGCUACAUUCCUAAAAAAGAAAGUCCGUGUGUCAAGAGACUGGGUUGAUCAAAGAUGGGUAGACAUUAAGUCAAAACCUGACAUCAAUGCAUUUCUAUCAGCAAAUUCUUCUGCUGGCAUUAAGUCCUCAUCAUGUCCUCCCAUUCAAGAGGUACCUGACCGCGACAAAUCUCCACCGGGGUCUCAGAAGAUUGACCCAUCCUCUUAUAAGGGAAAAGUGAUCAUAGAAGAGAAAGAAUUGCCUGAUUUAUCCGCAUCUCAUAAUGUCCAAGGAAGUGUGGGAAUGAGCAAGCAAACCAGUUUCAGUCAACAUGAUGUCCAAACAUCAAUCGGCAUUACCAACCACAAUGGUGGUAGCGGCACUGCCACGGUUGCCGUUGGCAAUGAGAAAAGAACUGCGUCGGCUGAGAACCCUCGAUCCGCCAGCCGGUUAUUUGAAAUAGCAGAUGCUGUGGAUUUGAUGACUCAAGCUGCCGAAGGAAAGAUGUCUAUUCUUGAUGAAUCCUGAACCGGGGUUGGAGGCUAUUUGGUUGGGAAUAUGGAGACAAGGUGUUGGUGACUGGUGACUCUUCUAAUCUGUUCUUUUCUUAUAUGAAAUUCGGUGUACAGUAACAUAGCAGCGGCUUCAACCGUCCACAGGAUCAAGA